GGUGUAUCAUCGCUCAGCGACGAGAGCAGACAAAGGACGGCUGUCUUGCUGCUCAUCGCCUGCAUCCCCGUGGCCUGCAACGCGAAAGAUCAGCCGGCUGUGCGGCGCAAUGAUCUGCGUGCACCAAGCCCGGGGACGACAGGAGCAGCGAUGGCAUCGGCUCCUUGGUCAGCAAAAUGCAUGAGCAAACACACAUAGCAAGUCAUCGGCUGUUGUCUUGUGAUUUGAUUCAUGUGUGCAGGUGGGCCACUGUCAUCUCCAACGUGACGCGCAAGACCCAGGCGCUUCUUUCCAAUGAGCUCGUUCAGACCAGCACCGCUCAGGAGCCUUUGGCGGAUCUCUUCAACGCGCUCGCAACCCUGCUGACAUCGACAGAGUUCGCAGUCGUCAGUCCGCAUCCCCGCGGCCCUCACCCUCUUCGCACGUCCAUCCAGCGGGCCAAGCGGGCCCUCACAGUGCUGUCUGAAGUCGCGCUAUUCGCUCUCCGUGCUCGCGCCGUCGAGCGAUUCACCGACGCCAAGACUGCCUCCAAGGUCCGCGCUGCAUUGUUGGCAGAUCUGUUCACCCGUCUGGGCGGCCUGUGGCCGAAGGUGGCUCAGGGUCUGAGUCAGCGUCCUGACGUCAUUGAGUCGCCAGACUUAUUGGCGGAGCUGUCACGUGCGCAGGAGAGGUGCAGGGCCAGGGAUGUGCGGCAGGUGCGGAGGAUCGUCAGCAGGGAGGCCCCGCUCCUCGACGCACACUACGACAUCGAGGCGCCCGAACUCGCAGCCGGUCAGGAGGGCAGAAAGAAUGGGAGAAGGCGAGUCUGCAAACGGACAAAGACUGUAUUUAUCUUCCUCAGGGUCCAUCGCCCAGGUCCACCGAGCCACCAGGCGGCCGGAUGCUCCUUCCUCCCUCCCUCCCACCCUUGCUGUCAAGAUCAGCUUCCCCCACACACGGGCUCAGAUGCACUCGGACUUCGACCUGCUGGCCCACCUGGCCGACAAGGGCGUUCUCCCAGAGCUUAAGGACGCAUGGCCGUGUGUCAAGGAGCUCAAGCGGUCCCUUUUGGCGGAGUUCGAUUUGGAGAGGGAGGCGGCCCUCACAUCCAUCGCCCGGCCGCUGGUGGAGGCUGCGUCGAGGAGACAACGUCAUCAGCUGGAGGGCAUCAAGGGCAUGGCGAGGGCGUCGGCCGCUGGCAUCUCCACGGCUGAUCUGGCCUUUGAUGAGUCCGUCGACGUGUCCUUCAGCGUGCCUGAGGUCUUUUCCCACCUUUCGUCUCCAUCCGUCAUGGCUAUGGAGUUCGUCAACGGCACAUCACUUGAGAGCUUUCUGGAGGCCAACAACUUAAGCCUGUCUGCUCAGAAACGGCUGUUGCAAGGGGCGAGUGCCGUGUGGGGGUCACUCAUGCUGGAGGAUGGCCUCUUCCAAGGUGCGAAUGUGAUAGGGAAUGCGUGGAUCCAUGUCAAUGGCUUCUGUGGUGGUCAGGCGAUCCACAUCCGGGGAACAUGCGCGUGCAGGGCGGUCCUGGCCAUUCGUUGGUGGUCCAUCUGCUAGAUUGGGGGGCCACGGAGAUCCUGCCGACAUCCGUCAGACAUCAGCUGUGCCGGCUCUAUGGCGCACUCGCAAAGUAAUCGAAGACCAAUGACGCACACAGUCCCCCAGACCUCACGCAUACAUGUGUCUCUGCACUAUGUCAGGUUCUCCGCUGGCUUACGUCUCGCUGGUGUUCGUUUUCGUGAUCUUCUCGACACCGUCAUGCGGACCGGCAUCAUCGCUUCUAAGCCCCCGUCGCCUCUCACACCGCCGUCUACCGCCCCUCUGCCCCCAUCGCCCUCACCCCAGCUGUGCAGCAACGUGUCCCCCAGAAGAACGUCGGCCAGCUCGUGGAAGCCAUUCACAGCGAAGCCAAGGGACAUGGACGCCACCUGCGAGGACGGCGGCGAGAGGAUGGUGGCCAAGAGGGGGCUGCGUGGCCGGAGGGGUGCGAUGGAAGGCCUAGUCGAUGAGAUCGCAACCAUCAUGGUGGACAUGGGCUUCCGCACUCGGUCAGUAAGGCAGACACAAACCAACACGUCUGACUGACCGUCCCUCUGCCUCUUCUCGCUCCCAUGCAGGUCGAAUCAGCCAGGCGUGCUGUUUGGUCUGGCCUUUGCCCUGUUCGACACCUCCCUGCAGACCACCGGGCGGUCCCUCUUUUUAGAAUACGCUCAUCUUGACCCCAUCCAACAAAUCCCGCGGGAUUACGUCUUCCCGCUGCGAGUCACAUCGCUGCUUGGCGGUACAUUCUACCGCCAGGGCGUGGACGUGUCCGUGGUUGACCAGUGGGAGGGCUCUGCGAGGGAGGGGCUGGGCAGGCAGUGGGCGGCGGGGGACGAGCACAGACAUCUGCGGGUGGUUUAGCUAGCUCUCCUUGCCUCUCGUCUGAUGGUCUUUUCCGUCUGUACAGAUAGCUCUGUGACGCUAAGACGUAUAUCCUUGUCUGCUUGCUCUGGCUGGCUGCCUUUGCGCGUGGGUGUGUAUCUCAUCGACACGGCAUGUCCUGCACAUGCGACUCUUGACUUGUCGAGACUCGUUUCAUGACCGUGCAGAUUGAAUGCUUAUUGUGUAUGUAUGUCUGUUG